AGAAAGGACAAGCAUCGAUCCAGCAUCAACACAUCUCCAUCCAUUCAGCCUCCGAUUUCAUCUCGUCGAUGCUGCCGCUACCAUUGCCAGUACGACAUGCCUAGCCGCCCUUCACUGCAGGACCAGUGAUGGACCCGAGAGCCAUGGCGGGCGACGAGCCCUACCGGAGGCAGUUAUGGAACGCUGUCGCCGCGACGUCCACCAAGCCCUACGAACACUGUCAACCCUAUACCCUCCCAUCCUUAGGCGUGAUUGAGAUCAACCCCGACUUCACCGUGACCCUCACUGCCAACGCCGUUUUCACGCCAGAAUGCACGUCUGGCGCUCCCUCCGAGGCCACUGCCGGAAUCGGGCCAGGCAGUGCCGCUGACAUGCGGGAUCCCUUUCACGCCUCUAUCACCCCUCAAGCAUACGCGACCGGCGCGGCCACAGUAAUCGCGUGGAUGUUGGUCAUAAUGCUGCUCAUCACCCCGCGGACGUUCUUUGCUGGCACAGGAGGCCGCUCAGGGCUCAUGGGACGACGCGGAAUGAUAAGCGGAGCAAGUGGUGGUGGAUCAGUCAUUGGUGUUGGCACACGUCCGUGGCUGCAGAAAGUUGCGACAUUGACGGUUGCCAUAUCGUUGACCUUGGCCACUGCCGACACCUUCAGGAUUGCAGAACGGCAGUACGAGGCCGGAUACAUGGACGCCAUGGCCCUGCGCGAUGAAGUAGUCGGCGGGAUGGAGAUCAAGGUCUCCAGAGUGAUAUCCGACAUCUUUCUAUGGCUCGCCCAGGUUCAAACUCUCAUUCGGCUUUUUCCCCGCCACAAGGAGAAGGUCAUCAUCAAAUGGACUGGAUUUGCUCUUAUCAUGUUGGAUAUCGCCUUCAGUUGUUUGAAUAGUUUUAUGGGGAGUUCGGCUGGUCGACCCCGCCGUUUCGUGGACGCCAUACCGGCACUCAGCUACUUGUUCCAGCUCGCUCUGAGCAUGCUCUACGCCGCCUGGGUUAUGUAUUAUUCCAUCACCAAACGACGAUACGCCUUUUACCAUUCCAUGAUGUGGAAUAUCACGCUAAUCGCGCUCUUAUCAUUUAUUGCCAUUCUCACUCCUGUGGUUUUCUUCAUUACCGACAUAUCCAAUUACACCGUCGCCGGGUGGGGCGAUUACUUCCGUUGGGUGGGCGCUGCAGCUGCUAGCGUCAUUGUAUGGGAAUGGGUAGAGCGCAUUGAAGCUCUAGAAAGAGAAGAAAAGAAAGACGGAAUCUUGGGACGAGAAAUAUUUGAUGGUGAUGAGAUGCUAGAAACCACGCCCACUGAUGACGUCCACUGGCCUCGAAACGGACGGAACGAUGAAAACGAUGGUUCUGGAGGUGAAAAGGGCCUCCGAGGUGGGGUCCUCGCCUCAGCCUUCAGUGGCCAUGGUUUGAGCGAAAUGGCACAUCGCUUGGCUCGAACGGGACAGUCGAAGAAGGACAACGUAAUCGUUGCUCCCCUUGGUCGAAAACACGCGCCGCCAACCAUGAAUGAAAAGCAACCAUCACAAACACAGACAGAAACUGGCUCGGCAACAUACGCUCCCGUGGCUACGCCUCCACCUGCGAUAGUGUCGCCAAUAAGCAGGACAGACACAACCAGCGCUGCUAGUACAGUCUACACAGUGCGGUACCAUCCCGUCAGCGACUCACCUCCUAAUAUUGGGAGGAUCAUCUCGGCAGACCCAGAGCAGACAUUGAAUAUCAACACGGCAGUAUCUCCACAAAGGUCAUCUGAUCCAUUAAUACAUGAUGACCAAACAGAGACCGAGACUGAGCAGAUAGCAAAUGAACGGAUCCGAUCCCGUUGGCAAGCCGUUCCAAAUCCAUUCAAGCGGCGGCGAGCAUCUCCACCUCCUGAGCUACAGCGAGGGAGAGUCAUCGAUCCUCUCACCGUGGACGAUGUUUCUGCAACUAUACCACCGCAAAAAGAAUCUCGGCGUGGUCUGAAGUCGAGACUCGGAGCAUUCGCAGCGGAACAAGGCGACAGGAUUCGAGAACGAGGAAAUAGUCGGCAGGUGGAGCCGAACUUGCCUGUCACUAUCAUCCCAGCUCAACCCCGUGGUCGUACUUGGUCUCCUGAGAUUCUAAUACAAAUGGGCCAAAGUCCGACAGAGUCCUCGUCGACCCCUAUCAUACCGUCUCAGAACGUCACUGGGUCCACGGAGACAGCACCAUCUGUCGCUCUACAAACGACAUCGACGGAAAAUACCUCCGCGCCGAGAAUCAGAUUUACGCCGGAGACAUGGCAGAAGCCAUCGACAAGACAAUCAGACCUCGACAGGACUCUAGCGUCUAGCCCCCCCACAUCUUCACGGCCAGCUCAAGGCAUCUUUCAACGGAAUCCACCCAGUAACGAUACCCUAUCUCCUUGAACUUUCUCAGUAUCACGACGGCGCAUUAUGGCUCUGGAUCGGGCUCGUUUGGCUUCAAUCGGCGCAUCUAGCGGAGAGGAACAAAAAGCCCAGGCAUUGUUAGAUGGCAGGGAUUAGCAUUGCAUGAUACUUGCAUUGGCGCUUUUGGUUGCUUUUUGAUACCCUGUGGAUGAUACCGGUGUAUCUAGGGGAGUGUUCUUGAUAAAUACAUAGUUUCCGUUUAAUUGAAUUGCAUCCCGUCUUUAUUUUGAAGACCGACGAAG